AUGAAUAUCAUCUUUCGUUUGAUUUCAGUCACUUUGCUUCUUUCUUUCUUCGCUUCUGCUCGUGAAAUCUCCGAGACUCCUUCUCUUGAUGAACAACCCGGUUACGUUACGGGUGUCUACUACACAGAGUGGAGUUACUUUUUAAAUCAUACACCAUCUGAUCUUCCUCUUUCGUUCAUCACUAAUAUUUACUAUGCUUUCUUGAAGAUAGAUGAAGAAACACUUGACCUUCAUUUUGCUGACAAUGACUUGGCUGUCAAGAAUCCUCUUCCGUUUCAUACAGAUAAAAUUGGAGCCUUUGUUAGUGAUCAAUACUUUCACUCCUCAAUUUCUGACGAUUGGGUCAGUAAAUACAUGCAAAAUGUUAGUCAAUUGAUUCAAAAAUCCACUAUUUCUCCUAUCAAUUCCAUCGGAUUGUUGGGUCAACUAUCGCAAAUCAAGAACUUGAAUCCAAAUGUGAAGAUCUCUCUUUCUAUUGGAGGAGCAGAAACAGCACAAGUGUUUAAAAAGGUAAUCAAACAUCGGCAGAAUAUGGUUAGAUUUGUUGAUAAUAUUGUUUCCUACACUCAAAAAUAUGGGUUUGAUGGCAUUGAUAUCGACUGGGAAUAUCCAGAUGCUGCUUCUACUGAUAGGCUCACUGACUUAAUGAGGCUGUUCAGAGAGAAAUUGGACUCUUUACCAUCCACAUCUACCUGUGGCAAAUACAUUCUUACCUUAGCAUUACCUUCCCAUCUUGAAAUGUUAAACAACUAUGAUAUGGAAGAUUUACCUCAAUAUGUUACAUACUUUAACCUUAUGGGUUACGAUAUGAGUGGGAUCUGGUCCAAGAAGGCCGAAUUUCAAUCCCAACUUUUCAGGGAUCCAAACAUUGAUUCAGAUAGUUGCAUUAAUGAUACUAUUCAGUAUCUCUUGAAUGAAAAGCAUGUUAACCCAAGGAAAAUAGUUCUUGGUAUGCCUGCAUACGGUCGAACCUUCAACACCGGUAAGAUCUACGGAAAUGCAGAUGCUUGUGCCGAAUUGGAUGGCAUUACGCAGGAUGAGGAAGAGUGCAUAGUUCCCUACAAUAAAUUACCCCCAUUGGGAUAUACUGAAAUCUUUGACAAAAGAACAGGAGCCGCCUAUGCUUCCAAUGGCAAGGAUGGGGUGAUAGUGUACGAUAAUAUGGAUUCUGCUAAAUUAAAAGCGCAGUACGUUAGAGGAAACAAACUUGCGGGAGGGGUAUGGUGGGACUCCAGUGGAGAUACUACUACCUCCAACGGAUCCAAGUCUUUAUUAUUGUCGUUUUUGGAGGAAUUGGGAGGAUUGAUAAAUCUAAAGAGAUCAUUAUGCAUGGUUAAUUCAAAUUUGUACUACGGCAAGUUUGAGAACCAGACAUUUGAUUCAAGCGCCCGAUCUCCUUCAUCAUCUGUCAGCUAUGCUACCAUUAAUGAGUUUAAAUUAUGGUUGCUGGUGUUAGAAUUUAUAGUCAUUUCAGGAGUUGUAUUUUUGUAA